UAUCCACACUUUCUCUUCUUCUCCGAAAGGUGUUUCUGCUCCAUGGAACCCCACAAUCUGACGAGGGCCAUGAAAUUCCUCUUCUUGGGGCUCUCUGAUGACCCGGACCAACAGCCUCUCCUGUUCGGGCUGUUCCUGUCGGUGUACCUGGUCACCGUCACGGGGAACCUGCUCAUUGUCCUGGCCGUGGGCUCCGACGCCCACCUGCACACACCCAUGUACUUCUUCCUCUCCGUCCUGUCCCUGACUGACAUUGGCUACAGCUCCACCACGGUGCCCAGGAUGGUGCUGGACCUUCAGACUCAUGGCAGAGACAUCCCAUACCCCAGCUGCCUGGCGCAGGUGUGUCUCUUCAAUCUGUUCGCCUGCUUGGACAGCGUCAUCCUAGCGGUGAUGGCCUAUGACCGCUUCGUGGCCAUCUGCCACCCCCUGCACUACCCUGUCAUCAUGAACCCCCGCCUCUGCGGCCAGCUGUGGCUGGGGUCCUUUUGCCUCGGCCUUCUCAACUCUGCCGUGAACUGCUUGAUGAUGUCGCAGCUCACCUUCUGCCCGCCGGUGGAAAUUCCUCAUUUCUUCUGCGACCUGCCCCAGCUUCUCAAGCUGGCCUGCAGCACUACCACCACCAACAGCAUGCUCAUGUAUUUUCUGGCUGCCGUCUUUGCCGGGAUUCCUGUCUCGGGCAUCCUGUACUCCUACACCCGGAUCGUGUCCUCUGUCUUGAGAAUCUCCUCCACGGGCGGCAGGUGCAAAGCCUUCUCCACCUGCGGCUCGCACUUGUCCGUGGUGGCCUUGUUCUAUGGCACGGGUCUUGGGGUAUACCUAAGUUCCAUCAUAUCACGGUCUUCCAGAAAGAGUGCCGUGGCCUCGGUGAUGUACACCGUGGUCACCCCCAUGCUGAACCCCUUUAUUUAUAGCUUGAGGAACAGGGACAUCAAGCAGGCCCUGCAGAGGUGCCUCCAACAGGCGACUUGA